GUUCUUCCUAGGAUAUUCAGCAAUUAUUCACAGACAAUGAAAACUUUUCACAACCCCAGCAACUCCAGUACCAUCAACGGUUUCAUCCUCCUGGGCUUCCCCUGCUCCAGGGAGGGCCAGCUCCUCUUCUUUGUGCUCUUCUCUGUGAUCUACCUCCUCACCCUCAUGGGCAAUGCUUCCAUCAUCUGUGCUGUGCGCUGGGAUCAGAGGCUCCACACACCCAUGUACGUCCUGCUGGCCAACUUCUCCUUCCUGGAGAUCUGGUAUGUCACCUCCACAGUCCCCAACAUGUUGGCUAACUUCCUUUCUGACACCAAGGUCAUCUCUUUCUCUGGGUGCUUUCUGCAGUUCUAUUUCUUCUUUUCCUUGGGUUCCACAGAGUGCUUCUUCCUGGCAGUUAUGGCAUUUGAUCGUUACCUUGCCAUCUGCAGGCCUCUGCACUAUUCAUCCAUUAUGACUAGACGUCUCUGCACCACUCUUAUAGUCAGCUGCUGGGUACUUGGUUUCCUCUGGUUCCCAGUACCCAUCACCAUCAUUUCACAGAUGUCCUUCUGUGGGUCCAGGAUAAUUGAUCAUUUCCUAUGUGACCCAGGUCCUCUAUUAACUCUUACCUGUUCCAGAGCCCCAGUGAUGGAGUUCUUCUGGACUAUUAUAAGUUCUGUGCUCCUGUUUAUUCCUUUCCUCUGCAUCUCGGGGUCCUAUGCACUGGUUCUCAGAGUUGUGUUGAAAGUUCCUUCAGCAGCAGGGCGAAGAAAGGCUUUUUCUACUUGUGGGUCACAUGUGACUGUAGUUUCACUCUUCUAUGGCUCAGUGAUGGUUAUGUAUUUGAGCCCAACAUCUGAGCAUGAAGCUGGAAUGCAAAAGCUUGUUACCUUGUUUUAUUCUGUAGGAACCCCACUCAUUAACCCUGUGAUAUACAGUCUAAGAAACAAAGAUAUGAAACAUGCCCUACAGAAAUUUCUUGGAACAUGA